AUGAGUCCCAGGUGUCACAGAGCUCUGGGGACUGAGCUUUGGGACACGGUGACAUCCCAGUGUCCCUCCCUGUCCCCUGCAGGCUGUCACCAGGUGCUGGAUGAGUCCCAGGUGUCCCUGUCCUUCCAGGAGUGGCUGGGCAGCGUCACGGAGCGCAUCCACCAGACCAUGCACUACCAGUUCGAGGGCCGCCCGGAGCCGUUGGUUUUCCACAUCCCCCAGUCCUUUUUUGAGGCUCUGCAGCAGCGGAUCUCCAGCGGCAGCGGCAAGAAGAGGCUCCCCAACUCCACCACGGCCUUCGUGCGCAGGGACGCGCUGCCCCUGGGCACCUUCUCCAAGUACACCUGGCACAUCACCAACGUCCUGCAGGUGAAGCAGAUCUUCGACACGCCCCAGGUGCCGCUGGAGAUCACCCGCAGCUUCGUGCAGAACCGCGACGGCUCCUACGAGCCCUUCCGCAGCCCCCGCGUGGAGGCGGAGAGCGCGGCCGAGGCGCCGGGCGGCCACGAGAGACAGCCGCCGCUGCGGCCGCUGGAGCUGCAGACCUUCCUCAAAGUCGGACACACGUCCCCCACGCAGAAGGAGCCGACGCCGUUCACCAUCGAGUGGAUCCCCGACAUCCUGCCCCGCUCCCGCCUGGGCGAGCUGCGCCUCAAGUUCCAGUACGGCCACCACGGGGGGCCCCGGCAGCCCCCCGCCCGCGGGACCCCCCCCUCGGAGCCCCCCGCGCUGCCCCUGGCACCCCUGGGCGCCGUCGCCUUCCCCUGAGACCCUCACCCACCCAAGGAUAGGGGAUGGAACCCCCGGAAUAAACGGGCACCCCCCCGA